CACUGGAGAGAAGCUGAAAGGAUUACCCACUCUUUGGGAAUAGCUGAUUUGAAUCUUCAUUAAAACCACUAUGGAUGCAACCAGUGACACAUCAAAAAUCCUGGAGAAGGGACCUGAAUACCUUCGUAAGCAAAUGGAACUGGAGAGUGAGACAAAAGGAGGCAUGAGUGCUGUGGAGAGGCUCGCUGCAAGCAAAACUAAGUAUGUCAAAAGCCAAAAGGUGGUGAACACAACUCAGGAGCCAGUGAUCAGUCUUGGAUCAGCCUCUGUGUAUAGCACCGGGUCUUCCAACUGGAGCUUGAGAGGUGGCGUGAAUAUUGUCACGGGGAGUAACUCAAGAGAGGCAACAUGUGGCGAGCAAGUCAACAACUCGUCAGGGCAGGUACGUCGGUCCAGUUCCAAAAAACGACCGGACUCUCUUCUGAUUUACAGACAGAAUCAUAAGUUACUGAGAGGGUCAGCAAAUGUCCGUAAACGCCAUAUAAGACGCAAAAAGCUCAGCUCUGUGAAUAAAAAUGAUUCAUUCCCUGAGGCGGCAGAUAGGGAGAGUGAAGAGGAGUGCAACAGGGAAAAAAUCACCACACCUGAGGGAAGGGCAAAGGAAUGCAGCUCGCAUGAAGUGACCUCUCAAUCAGAGGGGAGGAAGAAUGGGCUCGCAGAGCAACACAGCACAGAAAACGAGGAUUCUGGGACAAAGGUUACAGCAGUUGCAAAGAAAUUUGCUGGGCUCCUAGUGGUUCCUGAGUUGGAAGGGAGGUCCAGCAAAGGGGUCAGUCGUUCUCACUCCGACAUCAGCUCCAGGUACUCCAAAAACUUUGCAGACUUUGAUGCUUUUUUCAAGUACUGCGGGCUGGGCGGUGAGGUGAUCGAGUGUUUGGGGAAGGAGAACUUCUCGGCACAUUCGGAUGAAAGACCAUCGAUCAUUCGGAGCAUCAGCAUCUCCACAUCGGACGACGGUUUCUCCAGGGACAGUGGUGACAGCGAUGGACUAAUGGAGGAAAAGUUACAGAAAAAGAGACGUCAAGGGACGUCAGUUAUUGAGCGCAAUGCAAGGAUUAUCAAAUGGUUGUACAGCUGCAAAAAUGCUGUAGAGACUGGAAAAAAGUUAAGAGACCUUGAUUGAAAUAACGUAUUUUUCUCUACAGAGGCCAUAUACUACUUAGCUAAAGCUAUAAAUGAUAGACUUUGUGGAAAACACUGAUAGUGUUUUCCUAGAUAGGUCUCACUGCCUUAUUGUACUGAGUGCACGGGUGAAUUAUGAGACACUGGGUCCCUGGGAACCUGCAAAAGGCCCCACGUAGGAGCAAGACACACAGACUAUUUAGCUGUUUAGUUGUAUCACCUUAUCCUUGUACUUUUUUUUUUUUUUUUCAGUCUUUGGUUAUAGUGACCUUUUUUGUAGUCUUUUUUUUGUCUCUUUGUAGUUCUUUUUGUCUCUUUAUAGUCUUUAAGUGUCUCUUUGUAGUCGUUUUGUGGUUGAUUUGUAUCUCUUUGUUGUUGUUUUGCCCUUUUUUAUGGUCGUUGCGUCUCUUUGUGUCUCUUUUUUAGUAUUUUUGUGUCUCUUUGUGGUCAUUUGGUGUGCUUUCCCAUUUUGUACAUAUGUCUUUGAUUGGCAUUUUGUAGGUGAAGGCAAGGCCACUGACACUUUGGGCCCCCGUGCCCGAUAGGGCUGUUCAGUAAUCUAUCAAUGAUUGUGUAUGUUUGUGUGUCUACAUUCCUAUAUCAUUGUAUCCUUUGUUUUUUGUGCAUACUGUCAGUGUGUGCCAAUGUCAGCCGAAACUUCCGAGAGAAACAAUCCAGCAUGUUUGAUUCUGUUCAAACUUGCAUGAAGCUAUCUCCGUCACGUUGGGGCCACAUACAGUAAACUGCAGAGUAAGCCCAACGUCACAGAAACACAAAGGCUGUUAUUUUCCUAAUUUCUUCAUAGGGUUUCAUAAGGGUUAGUUAGGAUUCACCGAAGUCACGGCAUACAACCGCACUUCAACAAAUCUUAAUGGUCCCUUUUAAAAGGUCCAAAUUGUGUGCACAUGUGCACACUUGAUGACACGCUAAUUCAGAAGAGUACAUAAGAUCACAUUUGCAUUGCCAGGUUGUAGUUGGUAAUAUACUCCAACAAAUAUUGUUAAUCCAUUAAUAAAUGCUUAAUUAGUUGUAAAUAAAUUGAUUAUGGUGCAGAUAUUCUGCAGGCCAAAUGAUUUUACACAAUCUGGCAUCCCAAAAAUUGUUACUGGUGUAUAAGUGUAUCAAACUUUAGUCAAUAACUAUACAAUUGAAAAGAUAUUGGUAACAGAUUUAAUAUGAAUCCUUUAAGAGCAGUAUUAGAAUAUGAUAGCAGCAAUAAAGGCUUCAUUUAGAGUUAUGGCAUCUGAAACAUUUUCAUUAAUAUGAAUUAUAUUCCUCAGUAGAGCAUGAAAGUAACCUUAAAUCACAAUUUGUGCGAUCUGCUUUAUAAUUCAAUUAGCCUGUGAACCAGAUGAAUCUUCGAGCAUGUGUUUAAUUUGCUCAAUUGGUGUGACGAUGCCAGGCUUUAAUCUGGUGAGCAUUGCCAUUUCUCUCCUGGUGCAAGGUCUACAUUCCAUUGCUCACACUCACUUACACACACACACACACUCACACACACAUACACACACACACACACAAGGAGGGAGAUCUGCUCCUUUCAUGUUGUUGUUGUUAUUGUGGUCGAGUGUUUCUUGUUGACAGUAAUGAAGCUGGUAGUAUCAUUAAGUUUAACUGCAGCCAGACAAAAAUGCUUUUAGGUUUUGGUUAUUUCCCUGUCGCAGAGUCCUGCGGGAGAAGAAUGGACCUAAUGAUGUUAAGUUUAAUCUGAGGUUUAAAACCAGUGACCCAAUGUUACUAUCUCCACUUUCCCAAUCUGUCUGCUUUGUGUUUUCACUUUCUCUCCCUUUCUGUCAUUUAGCCAACAACUACACCUAUUACAGAGUGUAACAUGUAUGAAAAAUGCAAUUGUUGACUCAUUGUGUUAAACGGAAUUACCACCUACUCAGGAACGAACCGUAUUCACGUACAGUAUAUGAUACCCAUUACUGAGCUGCACCCAUGUUGCAGACACACCUUUCUCUUCUUCAGAGGCCUGGCAGACUUUAUCACACAAGUCAUAUCAUGUCUUCUCCUCUUGUUAAUUCCUAGAACUCAAAGUCAUUUUUACAACGCAGUUAAUGAUUAAUUUAGAAAAAAUGUCACUUAAAGUUUUGUUUAUGCUUCAACCAUCAGAAAUGUAUCAUAAGUGCACAAUAUGUGAAUAUUGACUGAAAAUGUAUACUGCUUGCAUUGCUGUAGGCUUGUAAAUGUCUUUUUUUAUUAAGGUUUUUAUUGUGUAAGAAUGUUACUAUUACUAAUCCACCACUUAAGACUGGUUUGCUGCUGCCUGGGUAACAUUGUUUUAUACUGAAGUACUGACAAUUUUGCUA